AUGGAGUCCAUGUCACGCCGUCCGUCGCAGCGCCAGAACCACGAGCAGAACGAUCAAGGAGCCACAGCCCAAGACACGUCCACUCUCCAAGAAUCCAGCGUACUCGUCGACCAUCCGUCACCCGAAGCACGAUCAACGCCACAGAUACCCGACGAUAACGACCUCAAAAAAUGCUGGAUCUGUUUCUCAGAUGAGAGUGAAGAUGGUCCCGACACAUCGGUCUGGAGAGACCCUUGCCCUUGUGCCCUGGUAGCACACGAAGCAUGUCUCCUCGACUGGAUCGCCGACAUGGAGUCUCCUACAACCCGCAAACGCACUCUCGGCCCUCCCGCCAUCCUGUGUCCGCAAUGCAAGUCUAGCAUUCAGCUCGUCCGCCCGCGCGACCCCAUCGUCGAAGUCGUCAGAGCACUCGAAAGAGUCGCUGCCAAAGCCGUAGCCCCAGCCGCCUUGACUGUAGCCUUCAGUGCCGUCGUCCACGCCUGUGCAGUCCACGGUCUCUACACCAUCACCUCCGUCUUCGGCCCGCAAGACUCAAGACGCAUUCUCCAACCUCUGAUUGACAACAUCUGGACGGCUUCCCGGCCCAUGGAUCAACUGCGCAACUUCAUGCAGCACUGGCGCCUCCGCAUCGGUCUCCCGCUCAUCACUCCUCUCCUCAUCCUCUCCCGCACCACCCUCGCCGACUCCAUCCUCCCCGUACUUCCCAUCGUCUUCUUCGCGACUCAGGGCGACACCUCCGAUACCCUCGACAUGAUCUCCUGGCCUCCAUCAGCAAGCAUGACCUUUGCAGUCCUUCCCUACAUCAGAUCAGCCUACAAUACCUACCACCAACGCGUCUGGGCUGAGCGUGAGAAGAAGUGGCUCAAGGAAAUUCAGCCAAGAAGUGGCCAGCAGGAUGACAAUGCUCAAGUCGCUGUUGACGCGGAGAUGGAGGCCGCCGAGGGAGACAAUAACUUUGAAAUCAGAGUAGAUGCCAAUAUCUGGGAAGACUGGGCAGGUGCCGACGACGAUGAUCUGUUGUUGGAGGUUCAAGAUGGCGGUCAAGCCCAUCCAUUCAACGCACCACCUUUGCCUGACAAUGCUCCUCUACAUCAGGGCCAACAAUUACCGCAACAACCUCGACCACAGCAAAACCCUGCCCCUCCGCCGCCACAGGAUAGAGAAGAACGCUUGCUAUCCUUCAGCACGAAUUCUCUUGCUCAAACAGUCAUGUCCGCCAUCAUCUUCCCUACAAUCGCCUCAGUAUCCGGAGACUUACUCACGUACAUUCUACCACAGUCAUGGACAACACUUCCUGUGUCAAAGUGGGGUAUAGGCAGAGGUAGAGCAACAGGAUUGCUACAAAACAAAUGGGGUCGAAGUGUUGUAGGAGGAUGUCUAUUCGUCGUCGUCAAGGAUGCUGUGAUGCUUUACGUCAGAUGGAAGAUGGCAAGACAGCACCAGAGAAGACACGUUGUUGACUACGACAGGAAGAACAAGAGGUAG